CUUGGUCAUUUUUAUGUUUUUUUCUUUGUCUCUCUUGCAGUCAUCCUUGCCAUCAUCUUACUUCGAUAGAGCUACGAACCCCACAGACAUGGAGGAAACUCGGCGCAGGGCAGACAAAAAGUUUGAUGUAAUUACCUAGCUGGGUGUGUCACGUCAAUCUCCACUAGCUCGGGCCUGGGACUCACCUGAGUUGGGGAAAAGAAAAUAAACCUUAAUGUACCGGUAUAACAAAGAACCGGUUCAUCCUGGGACACGCGCAGCCCGCCGUUGAUAGCCCCAACCCCAAGCUAUCCUGACCACCCCGUCUUAGGGCGCAAAAAGCACCCGCGCGCCACCAUGAUCUAUGAUCUCAACAUCAACUGGGCACCGUCCACCACUGCAUCGGCUCUGGAGGUUACACUCCGCCAAGCAGCAGUCCUCGGCUACGACGUCGUCGCCAUCAACCACACCAUCAACAAGCUCCCCAUCCCGUCGCCCAUAACAAACCCGCUCCCGCUAGUGCCCGAGUCCAAGACACUUCCGACCGUGCUCCGCCGCGCAACAGUCCAGUAUGCCGACCCGCGCGACAACCACCGGCUUGACGCCGUCGCCGCCGCCUUUGACAUACUCGCCGUCCGCCCCAUGAACGAGGUCGCGUUCAACCACGCCUGCGUCAACCUCGCAGAGCCCAGCAUCCUGACCCUCGACCUGGCCGCCAACCUGGGCUUCUAUUUUCGCCCUAAGAGCGUCAUGGCUGCCGUGCGCCGUGGCGUCAGGAUAGAGAUCUGCUACACCCAGGGCAUCGGCGCCCGCGAUUCUCGGGCCAGGGCCCUCUUCGUCGCGAACCUAGUCGGGUUGUUCCGAGCCUCUAAGGGCAGGGGCCUGAUCGUGUCGAGCGGCGCGGCCGCCGGUUCACCUAGACUCCUGCGGGCCCCCGCCGACGUGGUCAACCUUCUGGCCGUGUGGGGUAUGGGCACCGAGAGGGGCCUGGACACUCUCAGCGGGAACCCCAGGGGUGUGGUUGUGAACGAGGGUAUCAAGAGGAGCGCGUUCAGGGGCGUAAUCGACGUGGUGCAUGGUGCUGGCGCUUUGGACUGCCACGGAAAGGGUAGCGAUGCCGCAGGCACCGUGGCGGGCGAGAAGAAGGAAAAUCAGGGAGGCAACAAAGAAAAGGGCCUCAAAAGGAAAAAUGGUGAGCAAACCGGUGCUGGCGACGACCAAAAACUAAGCAAAAGGCAAGCAAAAAAGCAAAAGCAGCAGAGCCAGGUUGCGAAACAAAGUAAAGGGGCAGGCCAAGGCUAAAGUCUGUCGUGUGUUUAGUUUUGCAUUGCAUUGGCGUUCUAGGUUGAUUGCGGUUAAGACUUCAUAGGCUCGACGGUUGGUCUCGAUGAAUAUAAACUGUCACCAAUUGACUACCUAGGUAGUUCUGGAUAAUCUUAGGCCACUGCAAGAUCUGACCCCAUGACACAACUUGUUUUUCACCCUGUGACUUGGAUCGAUAAGUUUAUAUAUGACAGACUAUGGAGCCCGACUACAAAGAUGCCAAUAUGUGGGUGGAGGAAAUCCUUGCCGAACAAGUAUUAGAAAGAAGCGAAUCAGACAGGAAAGGAAAAGAAAACACUGUAUCGGAACGGAGCCAGGUUCAGGGUGACGUGGAACAAGAAGAGAGAAAGAACGCAGAAAGAUUGUCGCAACAAAAUCAAGUGAAAUGGCGGCCCAAGCAGUAGCCGCUGACCAUUAGCCACAGUGGCGGGUAUAUCUC